AAAAUUAAAGUAAGCUAUACAUAAAAAGGUAUACAUUAACCAUCAUCAUAAACAUCAGGGAGAUUAUAAUUAACUUGUGAUUUUCCAUUAAAACUCCCUUUCUCUCCAAAUUGCAGGAAACCCAUCUUUCGUUUCAGAUCCGUAAUCUUCAUCCACUGUUCACCCUUCAAUUUGGAGUUGUAAGUUACUAUUUAAUUGAUUUCUUGUGAGUAUCAAAGAUUGGAACUUGCAAAAUCUUGAGGCUCUUUCAUGUUAAAAAGGCACCUGACUGGAUAUGGGGCAUCGGAACAUUCAGUUCAUGAGACAUAUGAUUGAUCCAGAAACAGAUCAAGGCCCUGGCCAGCAAUUUCCUGAUCCUUGCAUCUUUUAUUCUAGUGUCCCAAACUUCCCUCAGCCUAAUCUACAGUCAGUUGUUUCUGCACCAGGAAGCCAGUGUAAUUUUAACAUUCACCCGACUGCAGAAUAUCAUGAUAACUCUAUCUUCUAUAGUAUGCAACCAUACACCAGUGUCCAGCCUCAGUAUCAAGUUGCAAGCCUUGACGUAGCUGUUGCUGCACCAUCCAGCCAUUAUAAUCCAUAUUUGGCACCGCCAUCUAGAAGGAGAGAUUUUCCUGUUCAAGUAAAUCAUGGGGCACUUGAUCAAUUUUCGCUGUCAACAACUCACGGGAUUGUUGGUAUUCCUACAGACAGCUACUACAGAAACAUGCCCUGCAUGGAUGGUGUCAGAGGAUCAUUUAAGAGUAAGAAUUCUGAGGGGGCUCCUAAUUAUCAGCAUCAAAGUGCUUCAUCCAGCUCUAGUUCUUCGGUUACCCCUAUAACUGCUAGGCCAGCUGAGCCUGAUAUUACUCAGGCUAACACGGCCAGUUAUAUGCCACCUGAAUACAGUGGGAAUGAUCCUGCAUCAGGUGUUGAAUAUAGAUCACUGGCAAGUGUGAGGAACAGGGCUAAUAUGGUAGGAUUGCAGUCGGGCCAGGCUCAUAAUGCUAAUCGUGUGAUCCAAGGAAACUAUAUUGCUCCACCUGUUCAGUUACCUGGAAACCCUUGGUUGGAUAGCAAUUUUGGUGCAAACAACGGUGAUACUGCAUGGCCACAUUCUUCUAAUUUACCCUAUAGACAUGCUAGUGCAAAUGGAGUGUGUGUUGAAGCUGGUGUUCAAGGUUAUCCAUUAAGAGCCAUUAACAGAGGUCCAGCUGGUUUCAUGCAUCCUCUGUAUGCUCAAGGUCCUCUGAACCAUCCCCGUCCAACUCAACCAUUGCAAGUGGUCACUGUUAACCGCCCAUCACAGGUGGCUACAUCUUCACAUAGGAUCCCUACGAGUAGUUCGUCAAAUAUGGGCAUAAAUGCUACUCUAGAUGUGGUUGAUGUUGGGCCGACAUUUCUGGCCCAUGUUCCACCAUCAGGCUUUCGGUUGUACCGGCCUCAUGGAAGAGAAAACGUAAUUGAUCCGAACAUCAGAUAUCGCAACCUUCCAAAUUUAAGAGUUUUGCCAGAAGAUGAAGUUGCAAUGCUUGAGAUUUCUGGUUAUCACGAAGUUGGUGCUACCCUUGAUCAGCACCGAGAUUUGCGUUUGGAUAUAGAUCACAUGUCUUAUGAGGAGCUUCUUGCAUUGGGAGAACAGAUAGGCAGUGUUGGCACCGGAUUAUCUAAGGAAUUCAUUCAAUGUAAUUUGAAAGUAAGAACUUUUAAAUCGUUGCCAACUCGUGUCAAUCUUGAAGCUACAAAUGAUCAGCAAAGAACCAACUUUUGUGCUGUAUGCCAGACCGAUUACGAGCCUGGACAAAAAAUUGGAACCCUCGAAUGCGGACAUGAAUAUCAUAGUGAGUGCAUAAAGAAGUGGUUGCUUAUGAAGAAUAGUUGCCCUGUGUGCAAAUCCCCAGCCCUGAGAGUCGAUUGAUGUUGGAGUUGGCCCAAAAGUUUGAACCUCUUGGUAAUUAUUCUAUAAUCAAGAGUAGUUGAUUCAUGUAUUAUAUUUUUGUAUAUACAUGCAAAAGUAUUACUGCCUCCCAAAAUGUAUAGACCCAUUUGUUUGUUGUGGUUAUCAUGAAAAAAACAGUAUUUAAGUUCCUA